CAGGGAACAGCAUUGGAGCCAAGCGGCAAGGCAGUUCUGAGCCUUGUCACCAUGGCUGGCUACUGGCCAAAUCCGGAGGAGCCUAGUCCUGUCUGCGUAUCUGAGCUUCCUCGGGAGGGAGGAAACAGUUAAUGUCUCAGGGCAGCUGCAAUCAGCUAGGCGUGGCUCUCUGGUUUGACUUGGGCUACACAGAUCCUGAGCCAAGGGACCGAGGAAGGACGCCUUAGUCUGCAGAGCCUCCAGAUGGCUGAAUUGGAUCUAAUUGCCCCAGGGCCUCUGACUGGGGUCACUGUUCACCCUUUGGCCCCUCUCGGCCCAGACCCUGUGUCAGCUAUCCCAGUAGAAAAAGAAGAUGCGGAGCCUCUCAGCAAGCCAGGCGACGAAAGCCAGGACACCCAGGGGCAGGGUCGUGACCCCGCAAAGCUCGGGGCUCCUGGAGAUGAAGAGGAGGGGCAGAUCCUGUGUGACUUCUGUCUUGGGGCCAGCAAAGUAAGGGCAGUGAAGUCCUGUCUGACCUGCAUGGUGAAUUACUGCGAGGAGCACCUGCGGCCACACCAGGAGAACAGCAAACUGCACAGCCACCAGCUAACCGAGCCCACCAAGGACCAGGAUCUGCGCACCUGCCCCGCGCACCACAGCCCUUUGAUUUCCUUCUGCCACACGCACCAGCAGUGCAUCUGCCAGGAAUGCGGCGAGGGUGAACACAGAGGCGACAGUACUGCCUCCCUGGAUGCAGCCCGCAGGAACAAAGAGGUGGACCUUCGGUGCAUGCAGCUGGACCUGGAGCAGAAGCUCAAGUUGAAUGAAAAUGCUAUUGCCAGGCUCCAAGCCAACCAUAAGUCUGUUUUGGUGUCAGUGUCAGAGGUGAAGGUGGUGGCUGAAGAGAAGUUUGGGGAACUCCUCGCAGCCGUGAGGAAGGCCCAGGCUGAUGUGAUGCUCUUCUUAGAGGAGAAAGAACAGGCUGCACUGAAUCAGGUCAAUGGCAUCAAAACCCACCUGGAGCACAGGAGCAUCGAGAUGGAGAAAAGCAAGCAGGAGCUGGAGAAGCUGGCCUCCAUCAGCAACACCGUGCUCUUCCUGGAGGAGUACUGCAAGCUUAAGAAGGCAGAGGACACUGCCUUCCCUAGCGUUUACAUAGGGCUGAAGGAUAAACUCUCAGGCAUCCGCAAGGUCAUCACGGAUUCAACUCUGCACUUGAUCCAGUUGCUAGAAAGCUAUAAGGAAAAGCUCCAGGAGUUUUCCAGGGAAGAGGAAUAUGACAUCAGAACUCAAGUGUCUGCCAUUGUCCAGCGCAAGUAUAGGACCUCGAAACCUGAACCUAGAACCCGUGAUGAGUUUCUUCAAUAUGCAUGUGACAUCACAUUUGACCCAGACACAGCACACAGGUACCUUCGCCUGCAGGAGGACAACCGCAAGGUCACCAACACCACGCCAUGGGAACACCCUUACCCAGACCUCCCCAGUAGGUUUCUGCACUGGCGGCAGGUGCUGUCCCAACAGAGCCUGUACCUGCACAGAUAUUAUUUUGAGGUGGAGAUCUCUGGAGGUGGCACCUAUGUUGGCCUGACCUGCAAAGGCAUUGACCGUCAGGGGGAGGAACGGAACAGCUGCAUUUCUGGAAACAGCUUCUCCUGGAGCAUUCAUUGGAAUGGGAAGGAGUUCACAGCCUGGCACAGUGACACAGAGACCCCGCUCAAGGCCAGCCCCUUCAGGAGGCUCGGUAUCUAUGUAAACUUCCCAGGAGGAACCCUGUCCUUCUAUGGUGUAGAGUACGAUGCCAUGACUCUGGUUCACAAGUUUGACUGCAAGUUCUCGGAGCCGGUCUAUGCUGCUUUCUGGCUGUCUAAGAAAGAAAACGCCAUCCGGAUUGUGGAUCUGGGUGAGGAGCCCGAGAAGCCAUCUGGGUCCUCUGUGGAGGCUGCUCCGUAAGAUUUUAGGAUCUGCCUCCCAGACUUUGAUCUCUGUGACAGCUGGGCAGCAGAUGGUAUUUUAAGUUAGACAGAGAUGCCUGCUGAUGGUAGUUGGCUUCAGAAAUUGUGUGGGUCCUGAAUGAACUUUCCUGCCUGCUUCUCAAGACAGUUCUUGCAUGAAUGCAGAAACUCUAAGGCACCAAAGCCUCUCCUCAAAUCUUCUAGUGAUGGUCUCUUGUCUGCUCAGGUGACUGUCACCCUUCGUCCAGAAUUUUCGACUGGGGAUCUUCAAACCAUAACAAGACUGCACAAGGAUUGUAAUAAAUCACAAACACAUCACUGUGUAAUUCUUAUGUCCUGGCCAGCUUUUGUGGUGCUUUCUCUGUGUUAGUUCAUGUUAUCUUCAUGGGAUAAAUGCUUAUAUUGUCCUCAUGAUACACAUUAGGGGAUAGUGGCCAGGAUGGUCAGAUAAAUUGUCUUGUUACCCAGUAAAUGGGGGUCCGAGCUGGGAUUCAUAUCUGUUGUUUAACUUAUGACUACGUUAUGCUUACCUCAUUAGAUCAUGAAUGUUAUGCAUAAGGGGUAAACCACAUGCUAAACUGCAUAGUCAACAGUGUCUUCAGCAUCCCUCUUAAGAGUUUGUUUUUUUUCUGCAUGUGCCAGGCUCAACUUGGUCAUUCAGCCCUGCACCAUCUGAACGAGCCCUCAUCCCCCCCCCCCCCAA